GCCACAAACUGGUAAGUCUCCUCCCAGCCUCUUUUCUUAUACCUGCCGUGAAAAAAACACACUAAAAACAACCAGCAGAGUUCACAGCUGAGCCGCGGCUUGUUGCAAAAAGGAUUUUUAAAGCAACGUUUGGUUGAUUUUUUUGUCUGUUUCUUGGGAAAUUUUAACCUGUGCUUUGAACUAUUUUUGGACACGAUGAAGACUCAGAUCACUGGGUUUUGUUUGGCAAUCCUGGGCUUUCUUGGAACUAUUCUCAUCUGCGCUCUUCCCAUGUGGAAAGUGACUCCAUUUAUUGGAGCAAACAUCGUCACCGCUGAGGUCUUUUGGGAAGGCUUGUGGAUGAACUGUGUGCUUCAGAGCACGGGCCACUUACAGUGCAAAGCCUAUGACUCGGUUCUGGCUCUACCACAGUACGUGCAGGCCUCUCGGGGCCUGGUCUGUGCCUCACUUGGUGUCAGYGUGUUGGCCAUCGGGCUCAGUGUGGUCGGAGCCUGGUGCACCAACUGCUGUGACUACAACAGGCGGACUAAAGCAAACCUCGGACUGGGAGGAGGAGUGGUGUUUAUCGUUGCAGGAGGCCUUUGCAUCAUUCCUGUCAGCUGGAUGGCGCACAUCAUCAUCACAGGGUUUUACAAUCAGGACACCAUAGAGAGGACCGGAGAACUCGGAGCAUCCAUAUAUGUCGGCUGGGUGUCGGGGGCUCUGCUCAUCAUAGGAGGAGGGAUUCUGUGUGGUACCCAUGGAUGCUGAGGAUGAUGGGAAACAGGAAGAAUCUGAACAGAGACGUCCAUCCAAAACAUCCUGAGGAAAAUCUGCAAUAAAUGUUUACUGUGAUCAACUUUAUUUUUUAAAUUUUUUACUUUUACAACUCAUUUUAACUUUAAAUUCAAGAAAGAUGUUUUGAUAUGAAGGUUGUAAAAUAAAGUGUAAAUUUAAGACAAAUAGUGUUUGUUCAUAUAAAAUUCCUAGAAAACAAGACUUUUAAUGAAGAUAUCUGAAAGUUCUGGAAACAUUUUAUUAAUAUUUUAAGUGCUGGCAAUGUCAAAUUACUAAGAUUAUUUAAUAAUCUAGUAUAAUUUAGUCUGGCUGUAUGUUCUGUAUUUUCUUUUACUUGUUUGUGAUGUGAAAAAAAUGCAGUGAGAGUAAAAUAUCUACUUUUACGAUUUCUGAAGAAUUGACAAAUGAAUUAAGUCAAACCAUCAAAGCUCUUUGUUGACAGUUAAAUUUAAAUGUGAAAAUAGUUUUUAA